GAACUCUCUAAGCAUAAUACUUAACUACUUAAUAUACUUAACUACUUAAUAGCUACUAAACUAAUAGACAAGUACUUAACUAAACUUAAGUAAACAUAUCUCAGCUAAUAGACAAGUAUAUACCCAGCAGGAGUAGUCAGUUUAUAGAGCACGUACAUGGCAUCUCCCUAUAACGAAGUCAAGCCAACGUCGCUUGGGAAGUCUCGAAGAAAAUUAGCCAAGAAGUCGAAUUCCAGUGUCAGUUCUCGUGUGGAUGGUCGACCUGGGUCGUUAAGAAGCGAGGAAGAAUCUACUAGUAAUAAUUCACAAAGUACAGAGGCUCCUGUUUCUUCUUCACCACCAGUAACAUCAACAACCCCAGAUGCGGGACAAUGGCCUCAAGCAUUACAAGAAUUUGUUAGUAAUAGCUUUAUUAGAGCUAAUUCAAUAUUAACAGAAUAUCAAAAGGGAGAAUUUAAUAAACAAUUACAGUAUCUUAUAGAGAGAGCAUUUGCCACGGGUACAUUAUUUACGAAUAAUUGGAAUCAACAGAAAAUUCCCAUACUAGAUAAUGUACCCUUGGCAUUGCAUGUAGAGACCAUUAAUAAUAUUCAACCGGUACAAUCAAUUCAAUCAGUUCAACCAACAAACACCUCAUACCUUCCCACAAAGAGACUAGACUAUUCAUCAUUGAAUGAAUCACGGACUAGUGAUUUUGAAUCAAAGAAACGUAAGAAGCAACGUUUAGAACGGUUUGAGACUCCACCUCCCAAACUAAGUCCAUCUACAUCAAAUUCAAAUUCUAAUACUACUACAAUAGUAGGAAGAUGUCAGGAUUUGGAAAAGAACUAUUUAAGACUUACAUCGGAGCCAGACCCUAGUAGGGUUAGACCCCAAGCAGUUUUGGAGAAGAGUGUCAAAUUUGUUCUUAAUAAAUAUUCUGAAAAUAAAACUUAUUCCUAUAUUAUUAACCAAUUUAAAUCUAUAAGACAAGAUUUAACAGUUCAACAUUUGAAAAAUGACUUUGCAAUCUAUGUGUAUGAGCUUAAUGCAAAGAUUUCUCUAGAGAAUGGAGAUUUAGGAGAAUUCAAUCAAUGUCAAUCUCAAUUAAAAUAUUUAUAUUAUUUAAAAAGAGAAAAGGAUUCCAAAUUAAAUAACAAAUUCUUUAGAUGGGAAGCUGAAUUAUUAGUUUAUCGUAUAAUUUAUAUGUUAAUAACUAAUAAUCAUAGUGAAAUGUCAAAAUUAAAAUUUUCAAUUUUACAUACUUAUAAUAAUUUUGAAAAAACUGAAAAAGAGCAAACCAUCUUUGAAUUUAUAAAAAUAAUCUUUGAAUUACAUCUGGAUAUACUUUUAGGUAAUUAUCAUCAUUUUUUUAAGAUUAUUAGGAAUUUAAAAAUUACUGAAGAUUUAACUUUAGCUAUAACUUUAGUAAAGAAUUCCUUAUAUGAAAAGAAUAGAUUAAAAGCAUUACAAACAAUUGUCAAUAGUUAUAAACGAAUAUCUGUCGAUUUCUUAUUAAAGGAAUUGAAUUUUGAACAUUUACAACAAUUUGCCAAGUUUCUUAGUAAUAAUUCUUUAUCAAACUUUUUAAUUAAUGAUGAUAAAGAUUUUGAAUGUACUGGAUCAAAGGCUACAAUUCAUGCCAUUGUUAAUAAACCAAAUUUUAAUAAGGUUGAUAUAAAGGGACAAAUUUGAAGUUAAAAUAUUAUAUUAAUAUUAA